AUGAACAAACAACUUCAACCACAACAACCACAGUUCAAUCUACAACCACCACUGUUCCAACCACAACAACCACAGUUCCAACAACAACUACAGUUCCACGAACCACAACUACAGUUCCAGCAAGCACAUCUACAGUUCCAGCAACCACAACUACAGUUCCAACUACAACCACAACUACCAUGGUUCCAACUAGAGCAACCACACUUCCAACCACAACAACUACAGACUUCAAUCUACAACCACCACUGUUCCAACCACUACAACUACGGUUCCAACUACAUCCACAACCACGAAGGUUCCAACAUCAACAACUACAGUUCCAACCACAACAACCAGAGAUCCAACAACAAAUACAGUUCCAGCAACCACAACUACAGUUCCAGCAAGCACAUCUACAGUUCCAGCAACCGCAACUACAGUUCCAACUACAACCACAACCACCAAGGUUCAAACCUCAACAACUACAUUUCCAACUACAACCUCCAUGGUUCCAACAUCAACAACUACAGUUCCAACCACAACAACCACAGUUCCAACAACAACAACUACAGUUCCAGCAACCACAACUACCGUUCCAGCAACAUCAACCACACUUCUAACCACCACAACUACAGUUCCAACCACAACAACUACAGUUCCAGCAACCACAACUACAGUUCCAGCAACCACAACUACAGUUCUAGCAACCACAACUACAGUUCCAACUACAAAUAA